CUUUGGCGAGGCCCCCUUCACAGCCAGAGGAAUCGCUCAGGGGAUAAGGAAGUUUAGGGCUCUUGGCCUGUCGUUGCAAAGGCAUGCAUUGCCGCUGCGAUAUUUCGAGCGAUUGACCGCGCGUCUAGCGAUUUCUGGGAGCUGCCGAUGGCUUUGGAGGCUGUUUUUAGCAAUGCUGGAGGGCGCAUCGGGAGCACGGCGAAUGGGGAUUUGCAGCGGCUGAGUUCGAGCUCCAGUUCGUGUUUCACAGGGAGGAAAUUGGCAGUAACAGGCGCUCAAUGUGGUACCUCCUCCAGUACGCAAGAGUGCUCAAGAAAUGCUGGUUCCUCUAAGAUACGCUGCUCGUCAAAUGGUCCCCCCUCAGCUUGGCCAGGCAGAGCAAUGGUGGAUGGAGCUAGAAAAAAAUCCUGGGAUGGACCAAAGCCCAUUUCACUUCUUGGAUCCACGGGCUCCAUCGGCACACAGACACUUGACAUCGUCUCGGAAAAUCCUGACAGAUUCAAAGUUGUUGGGCUGGCUGCUGGCUCAAACGUUACACUUCUUGCUGAUCAGGUCAGGAGAUUCAAACCAAGCAUGGUUGGGAUUCGAGACGCAUCGCUAAUCGACGAAUUGAAAGAAGCCAUUGCUGAUCUUGACGUAAAACCAGAGAUUGUCGUUGGGGACGAAGGAACUGUACAGAUAGCGUGUCAUCCAGAGGCAGUAGAAGUUGUGACUGGAAUCGUUGGUUGUGCUGGCCUCAAGCCUACAGUAGCAGCAAUAGCAGCUGGAAAGGAUAUUGCUCUAGCCAACAAGGAAACUCUCAUAGCCGGCGGUCCAUAUGUUCUACCUCUUGCAAAGAAACACGGAAUCAACAUCCUACCUGCGGACUCAGAACAUUCCGCGAUUUUCCAGUGCAUUCAGGGGCUUCCAGAGGGCGGAAUGCGUAGGAUUGUUCUCACAGCAUCUGGUGGAGCGUUCAGGGACUGGCCAGUGGAAAGGCUCAAGGACGUCAAACCAGCAGAUGCGCUGAAGCAUCCAAACUGGAGUAUGGGAAAGAAAAUUACUGUGGAUUCGGCAACCUUGAUGAACAAGGGACUCGAGGUCAUUGAAGCUCACUAUUUGUUUGGAGCUGACUAUGAUGACAUUGACAUUGUUAUCCAUCCCCAAUCCAUUAUACACUCCAUGAUCGAGACACAGGAUUCCUCCAUCCUGGCGCAAUUGGGGUGGCCUGACAUGCGACUACCUAUUCUUUACACACUCUCUUGGCCGGAUAGAGUUCCAUGCUCAGAAAUCACCUGGCCAAGGCUUGAUUUUGUCAAGACUGGAUCGCUAACGUUCAAAGCCCCCGACCGAGCAAAGUAUCCAUCCAUGGACAUAUCCUACGCAGCUGGAAGAAUGGGAGGAACAAUGACAGGAGUCAUGAGCGCGGCCAACGAGAAAGCAGUGGAGCUCUUCCUAGACGAGAAGAUUGGUUAUUUCGACAUCAUCAGAUUGAUCGAGAAGACUUGCGAAACGCACAAGCGAGAUUUUGUCAAGGAGCCAAGCCUGGAUGAUAUCCUCACAUCCGACCGAUGGGCCCGGAUUUACGCUGCGGAAGUCGCGGCACAGGCCCCUCCGCAACCUGUACCGGUAUGAGAAUAUAUAUACACUUUCGGUUUUUUUCAACUAAAAGC